UGUGGCUGACGAGACGCUGUUGAAGAAGAAAGCCGCUGGUUGUGUUGGCAAAAAUAGGUUAAAAUCGGAUAGAGGUAUGCAGAAGAAAUAAGGGAAAAUGUCCGUAUAUGGAGCCGUUUUCCAUUUGACGCAGGAUACAGCAAACUGACUUGACCCCAUCGGACAUAGCUACAGCAAAAUCAGUUUCCUGUGUGUGGACUCUCUGAGUGGCUGUUCUCUCACUCCAAGAACAGCUGUCACCCAGUCCCUUCUGAGAGUGAGUGAGCGUGAAGAGAGCUCAACAAUUUCACAUGAAUCAAGCGCUCACUUACUCCAGUUGAAGCCGGAACAGAGAGACACGUCAGCACAAACUCACAGAUCUGCUGUCAAAAUCUCUCACACACACACUAGGCAAAGCUACAUCCUCACAUUUCAGACACUGCACCUCUUCAUUCCCACCAUCAAUACGUUCACUCCUCUGCUUCAGUGAACAUGUACGGCAGCUCCCGUUCCGUGGGCAGAGCGGAUGCCAACCUCAGCGGAGGGAGAGAUGGGGGGAGCAGCCAGGGUUCGGGUCGCUCCCCUCAUCUCCCCCGUUCCCCACGGAUGGGCCACCGUCGCACCAACAGCACGGGGGGCAGUGGAGGGGGUCCAGGUGGAGCGGGAGGUAAGACCCUCUCCAUGGAGAACAUCCAGUCCCUCAAUGCCGCCUAUGCCACCUCAGGACCCAUGUACCUGAGCGACAACGAGGUUGCCAUGUCCGACCACGUUAACAAGAGUGGUCGAGAGAUGACCACAAUGGGUCGACAGAGGGUGACCUACGGGUCAAGAGCAAGCGCAGGAGGGGGUGGAGGGGUGGCAGCUAGCACUCCCAACAUCGCCACAUCUGCCCAGGCCAACGCUGUGCUCCCUGGGGGAAUGAUGGCAGGUGACGCCCUGGCUUUUGGGGAUCACCACAUGGCCUCCACGGUCCCUCACUCCCUGAGACAGGCCCGGGACAACACCAUACUGGACCUGCAGGCCCAACUCAAAGAGGUUCUGCGUGAAAACGAGUUGCUGCGUCGUGAGGUGGAGGUUAAGGAGAGCAAGCUGAGUUCCUCCAUGAACUCCAUCAAGACUUUCUGGAGCCCUGAGCUGAAGAAGGAGAGAGCCCUAAGGAAGGACGAGGUGUCCAAGAUCACUGUCUGGAAGGAACAGUACCGCGUGGUGCAGGAUGAGACCCAGCACCUCCAUAUGACGGUCCAGGCCUUGCAGGAUGAACUGAGGAUACAGAGAGACCUGAACCAGCUGCUUCAGCAGGACCCUGCCAGCCAAGGUCGUGACCUGGCCCUGACCUCUGAACCCACGGAGGAGAACUACCGUCGGCUGCACGGGGACCACGAGCGUCAGGCCAAGGAGCUGUUCCUGCUCAGAAAGACCCUGGAGGAGAUGGAGCUGAGGAUAGACACCCAGAAACAGACCCUGGGCGCCAGGGAUGAGUCCAUCAAGAAACUACUGGAGAUGCUGCAAAGCAAAGGGCCGUCGGCUAAGUCGUCAGAGGAAGACCAGGAGAGAACCAGGAGACUGGCUGAUGCUGAGAUGCACAGACACCAUCUAGAGUCCCUACUGGACCAGAGAGACAGGGAGACGACUGCUCUACGAGAGGAGCUGCACCGUCGAUACGAGGGAACCCCAGAGUCCACAAAAACCAAGGCUCUACAGACUGUCAUCGACAUGAAGGAUGCUAAGAUCAACUCUCUGGAGCGAGGUCUGAGGGACAUGGAGGAGGAGGUGAUUAUGUUGAAGUCCAAUGGCCUGCUGAGCUGUGAGGAGAGACAAGAGGAGAUGAAACAGAUGGAAGUCUACCGCAGCCACACCAAGUUUAUGAAGAACAAGAUGGACCAGGUGAAGCAGGACUUGUCCAGGAAGGACACAGAGUUGCUGGGUUUGCAGACCAAGCUGGAGACUUUGACCAACCAGUUCUCUGAUAGCAAGCAGCACAUCGAGGUCCUCAAGGAGUCGCUGACCGCUAAAGAACAACGAGCUGCCAUCCUACAGACAGAGGUGGAUGCUUUGCGUCUGCGUCUGGAGGAGAAGGAGACCACACUGAACAAGAAGAGUAAACAGAUCCAGGAGAUGUCUGAGGAGAAGGGCACGCUCAACGGAGAGAUCCACGACCUCAAGGACAUGCUGGAGGUCAAGGAGCGCAAGGUCAAUGUCCUGCAGAAGAAGAUUGAGAACCUGCAGGAGCAGCUGAGAGACAAGGAGAAGCAGAUGAGCAGCCUGAAGGAGAGAGUCAAGUCUCUACAGACAGACACCUCUAACACAGACACUGCUCUCACCACACUGGAGGAGUCCCUUGCUGAGAAGGAGCGUAUCAUAGAGCGUCUGAAGGAGCAGAGAGACAGAGACGACAGGGAGAAGACUGAGGAGAUCGACAGCAACAAGAAAGAACUGAAGGAUCUGAAGGAGAAAGUCAGUCUGCUGCAGGGAGAUCUGUCUGACAGAGAGACUAACCUGUUGGACCUGAAGGAGCAUGCGUCGUCUCUGGCUUCCUCAGGGCUGAAAAAAGACUCCAAGCUGAAGACUAUGGAGAUCUCUCUGGAGCAGAGGAAGGAGGCGUGUCUCAAACUGGAGAACCAGCUCAAGAGGGCCCAGAAUGCGACGUUGGAGGCCAAAGCGAACACAGAGCUGUCGGAGCGCAUCACCUCCCUGGAGAGGGAAGUUACCCGACACCGAGAGGAUUCUGGGAAGGCUCAGGCGGAGGUGGACCGACUGCUGGAGAUCCUGAGAGAGAUGGAGAAUGAGAAGAAUGACAAGGACCGCAAGAUCAAUGAGCUGGAAAGACAGACCAAGGACCAGAGUAAGAAGGUGGCAUCACUGAAACAAAAGGAGCAUGUGGAAAAGAGUAGGAACGCCCAACUUGUGGACGAAGCCAAAAAGAGAGAGGACAAUAUCUCAGAGAGCUCUCAACAGGUCAAGGACUCUCUACGGUUGAAGACGGAACGUAUCGAGGAGUUAGAGGAGGCUCUGCGAGAGAGUGUUCAGAUCACAGCGGAAAGAGAGAUGGUGCUGGCACAGGAGGAGGCUGCCAGGAACCACCAGGAAAAACAGAUUGAGGAGCUGCUGGGCGCCAUGGAGAAGGUGAAACAGGAGCUGGAGUCCAUGAGGGCCAAGCUGUCAUCUACCCAGCAGUCCCUGUGUGAGAAGGAGGCCCAUCUGACCACGCUAAGGGCUGAACGCAGGAAACACCUGGAGGAGGUGCUGGAGAUGAAACAGGAGGCGCUGCUGGCAGCCAUCAGUGAGAAGGAUGCCAACAUCGCCCUGCUGGAGCUGUCAUCGUCCAAGAAGAAGAAGACGCAGGAUGAGGUGGCUCUGCUGAAGAGAGAGAAGGACCGUCUGGUACAACAGCUCAAACAGCAGACUCAGAACCGUAUGAAGCUAAUGGCAGACAACUAUGGGGACGACCACCUGAAGACCGCCCCCGACCAGACCAAUCACAAACCUUCUCCAGAUCAGAUGAUCCCCCCUCUCCUGUCCCUGAGUGAAAAUCGCAGUAAGCUGAAGCUCUACAUCGACCACCUGACUGACCUCUGCCACGACCGAGACCCCAGCAUCCUCAGUGACCUGACCCCGCCCGCCCACUAUCACCACGCCAACCCAGCAGCCUGGGAGGAGGAGCUACACAAGUUGACUCUGGAGCAGAAAUACUAAUCUGGAAGCGAAAGAAAAGCACACCUGUUUCGGCGAGAUGCUGGCUAGCGGAGAAGAACACUUGAAAAAGAAAAGGGAGAGCCGCACACACUAGGAGCUCAGAUGCAAUAAUUUUAUAACCUAAUAACCAACAAUUCGACAGACAAGCUGUCUUCAUCAGGGUAUGAUGAAGUUGGCUCUUUUACGUUGGUGCAGUGAGUUGGUCCAGACCGCUUGAUGAAGACCGCUUGUCUGUCGUAACGUUGGUUAUUAGGUUAUAAAAUGAUUGCAUCUGAGCUCCUAGAGUGUGCGGCUCUCCUUUUAUUUUUCAUACGGAAAUACCAAAACAUGCCGAAAAGCUGCUGUGUUGUUCAAUGUACAUGUAACCUAGUCAAAUCUACGAACAUAUGGUUCAUAAUGCUCCCAUGUAGGGAAAUGGAGCCUUUGAGAAGAGCCCUGUAGCUUUAGGCUGUUCGGUGCGGAAGAGUGGGAAAUUGUGCCUUCAGAAAGUAUUCAUACCCCUUGACUUAAUCCACAUUUUGUUGUUACAGCCUGAAUUAAAAAUGGAUUAAAUAUAUUAUUUUCUCACCCAUCACUCACCACUCACCCAAACAUGUUUGAUAGCAAAUUUUGGGGAGAAAUGAAAUAUAGAAAUAUCUCAUUUACAUAACUAUUCACACCCCUGAGUCAACAAUACUUUGUAGAAGCACCUUUGGCAGCGAUUACAGCUUUGAGUUGACUUGGGUAUGUCUGUAUCAGCUUGGCACAUAUAGAUUUGGGGAUUUUUCUUGCAGAUUUUCUCAAGCUCUGUUAAGUUAUACAGUGCCUUCGGAAAGUAUUCAGACCCUUUGACUUUUUUCACAUUUUGUUACGUUACAGCCUUAUUCUUAAAUUGAUUAAAUAAAUAAAAAUUCUCAGCAAUCUACACACAAUACCCCAUAAUGACAAGGCGAAAACAGGUUUUUAGACAUUUCUGCAAAUGUAUUAACAAAAAAACAGACGCCUUAUUUACAAAUGUAUUCAGACCCUUUGCUAUGAGACUCAAAAUUGAGCUCAGGGACAUCCUGUUUCCAUCGAUCAUCCUUGAGAUGUUUCUACAACUUGUUUGGAAUCCACCUGUGGUAAAUUCUAUUGAUUGGACAUGAUUUGGAAAGGCACACGCCUGUCUAUAUAAGGUCUCACAAUUGACAGUUCAUGUCAGAGCAAAAACCAAGCCAUGAGGUCAAAGAAAUUGUCCGUAGAGCUCCAAGACAGGAUUGUGUCAAGGCACAGAUCUAGGGAAGGGGUACCAAAACAUUUAUGCAGCAUUGAAGGUCCCCAGGAACACUGUGGCCUCCAUCAUUCUUAAAUGGAAGAAGUUUAGAACCACCAAGACUUCCUAGAGCUGGCCGUCCGGCCAAACUGAGCAAUCGGCGUAGAUGAGCCUUGGUCAGGGAGGUGACCAAGAACCCGAUGGUCACUCUGACAGAGCUCCAGAGUUCUUCUGUGGAGAUGGGAGAACAUUCCUGAAGGACAACCAACUCUGCAGCACUUCACCAAUCAGGCCUUUAUGGUAGAAUGGCCAGAUAAAAGCCACUCCUCAGUAAAAGGCACCUGAUGGCCCGCUUGGAGUUUGUCAAAAGGCACCUAAAGACCCUCAGACCAUGAGAAACAAGAUUCUCUGACCUGAAUUCCAAGCAUCACGUCUGGAGGAAGCCUGGCACCAUCCCUACGGUGAAGCGUGGUGGUAGCAUCAUGCUGUGGGGAUGUUUUUCAGAGGCAGGGACUGGGAGACUAGUCAAUUUGAUCAAUUUUAAAAUAAAAUUGUAAUGAACAAUGUGGAAAAAGUCAAGGGGUGUGAACACUUUCCGAAUGCACUGAAUGGGGAGUGGUCAGCAAUCCUAAAGUCCUUCCACAGACUUUCAAUGGGAUUCACAAGGCUGGGCUUUGGCUGGGCCACUCAAGGACUUUCACAUUCUUGUUUUGAAGCCAUUCCAGCCUUGCUUUGGCUGUAUGCUUGGGGUGAUUUGUCUGGUUGGAACGUAAAUCUUUGCCUCAGUCUGUCAUUUGCACUCAGAAGCAGGUUCUCAUCAUGGAUUGGCCUGUAUUUGGCUCCAUUAAUUGUUCCCCUACCAGUCUCCCAGGCCCUGCCGCUGAAAAGUAUCCCCACAGCAUGAUGCUGCUACCACCAUGCUUCACGGUAGGGAUGGUGUUAAAUGGGUGAUGAGCUGUGCCUGGUUUUCUUCAGACAGCGCUUUGCAUUCAGGCCAACGAGUUACAAUUUUCUCCCAUCAGACCACAGAAUACUUUGCCUUAUGAUCUGUCUUUCACGUGCCUUUUUGCAAACUCCAGGCGUGCUGUCAUGUGCCCUUUUCUUAGGAGUGGCUUCCGUCUGGCCACUGUCCCAUAAAGCCCAGAAUGGUGAAGUGCUGUAGACUGUUGUCCUUCUGGCAGGUUCUCCCAUCUCAGCCAAGGAACUCUGUAGUUCUGUCAGUGGUCAUUGGUCACAUCCCUAACCAAGGUCCUUCUUGCCCGGUUGCUCAGUUUGGUGGAAACAUUCAACACUCUAGAAAUAGAUUUAUACCCGUACCAAUAUAUAUGCCUCAUCACAAUUUUAUCUUGGAGAUCUAAGGACAGUUUCUUGGACGUCAUGGUAUAGUUUCUGCUUUGACAUGCACUGUCAACUGUGGAAUCUUAAAUAGACAGGUGUCUUUUUCUAAAUCAUGUCCAAAUAAUUGAUUUGGCCAUAGGUGGACUCCAAUCAAAUCGAAGUGACAUCUCAAGGAUUAUCAAAGGAAAUUGAAUGGACCUGAGCAAAAUGUUUGACUGUCAUAGCAAAAAGGGUGUGAAUACUGAUGGAAUAUUUCUGUAUUUUAUAUAUAUAUUUUUACUGUCACUAUGGGUGGGUGUGGGUUAUUGUGUGUAGAUGGGUGAGAGAAAAAAACAUUUAUUCCAUUUUGAAUUCAGACUAACACAAAAGUGGAAUAAGUCGAUGGGUAUGAAUACUUUCUGAAGGCACUAGCUAUGUGUGUGAAACAGUUCAUCACAUGUAAGACAUUUUACUCGCGGUAGUAUAUUCUGUUCAUAACUCCACUCACUAGUAACAUUAUAGUCUGUUGGUCUUGACUAGCUUAAUGUUCUGCUUGGUAUCUAGCUAGCACUCACAUGGCUGAUGUUAGUGCCAGCAUGAGGGAAGCCCUACAGUAUGACGUUUUUCUAAGUAGUAAUAACGCUUGAGAGCAGGCAAUGUUGUAAAGGAAUCUUCAUGUACUUUUCUUAAAUGUAUGCUGAACAAAAAUAUAAACGCAACAUGCAACAAAUUCAAAGAUUUUACUGAGUUACGGUUCAUAUAAGGAAAUCAGUCAAUUUAAAUGAAAUCAUGAGGCCCUAGUCUAUGAAUUUCACGUGACUGGGAACACAGAUAUUCAUCUGUUGGUCAAAGGUACGUUAAGAAAGGUAGGGGCGUGGAUCAGAAAUCCUGUCAGUAUCUGGUGUGACCACCAUUUGCCUUAUGCAGUGUGACACAUCUCCUUGGCAUAGAGUUGAUCAGGCUGUUGAUUGUGGAAUGUUGUCCCACUCCUCUUCAAUGGCUGUGCCAAGUUGCUGGAUAUUGGCGGGAACUGGAACAUGCUGUCGUAUACGUCGAUCCAGAGCAUCCCAAGUAGCCUCAAUGGGUGACAUGUCUGGUGAGUAUGAAAGGCCAUGGAAGGACUGGGACAUUUUCAGCUUCCAGGAAUUGUGUACAGAUCCUUGCGACAUAUGGUGGCGGAUGAAUGGCAAGACAAUGGGCCCCAGGACCUUGUGAUGGUAUUUCUGUGCAUUUAAAAUUGCCAUAGAUAAAAUGCAAUAGUGUUCAUUGCCCAUACCAUAAGCUCACCGCCACAUGGUGCAUUCUGGUCAUGAAGUUGACAUCAGAAAACCGCUCUCCCACACGUUAAUAUAUAUGUGGUCUGCAGUUGUGAGGCCGGUUGGAUGAACUGCCAAAUUCUCUAAAACAACAUUGGUGGCGGAUUAUGGUAGAGAAAUUAACAUUCAAUUAUCUGGCAACGGCUCUGGUGUACAUUCCUGCAGUCAGCAUGCCAAUUGUACGCUCCCUCAAAACUUGAGACAUCUGUGGCAUUGUGUGGUGACACAACUGCAUGUUUUAGUGGAUUUUAUUUUCCCCCAACACAAGGUGCACCUGUGUAAUGAUCAUGCCGUUUAAUCAGCUUCUUGAAAUGCCACCCGUCAGGUUGAUGGAUUAUCUUGACAAAGUAGAAAUGCUCAAUAACAGGGAUAUAGACAAAUGUGUGUACAAAAUAUGAGAGAAAUAAGCUUUUUGUGCGUAUGGAAAAUGUCUAUCUUUUAUUUCAGCUCUUGAAACAUGGGACCAACACUUUACAUGGUGCAUUUAUAUUUUUGUUCAGUCGUUUUUGUAAUUGACUUACUUGGCUGUCACAAUAGCAAAUGAUUAUCUUAGAUAUGUUGCAUAACUACUUCCAGUCUUUACCUGCCCUUGAACGGUCUAGGUAUUUAGAAAAGUUGCUUCUUGUUGGCUUGUCUAUAUGUCCUUUCUACUUGCCAGAGAUCAGCUGGGGAGACAACCCUACCAAAUGGCCCCAAGUAGCCCACAGCGAAUCCCACCUACUUGGUGGAAUCUCCAGUUUUGCAUAAAUAUCCAAUUGCAGAAGGAUAUUCUAGCUUUAAUUUGGAUGGAUACAGUGCACUAGUCCUUACUACAAGCUAACUAGCAAGCUUUAUGCAAUAUACAUAGCUAGUUAGAUAUAAACAAAAAUGUAUUGAGUAACCAGACCCCACAGCUUUCCAUUUUCAUUGCAACGUAAUAGCCUGAAACCGUGAGGUUUGUCUAACCUGGUCCUUCUCCUUGGGCAGUUGAUGAAACUUAAUUUGGUGGUCGUUUUUCUCUGACUAACAAAAUGAUACGCAAUAGCUUUUCGGCAUCUUAAAAGCAGGGCUUGCUAGUUAGUCUGUUGGAAUCGUCCCUUUGGCUGAGAAUCGUGAUGUACAUUCCAUGCCACAGUCUGUCUGUUCAUGCUAACAUUUUUACAUUUAGAAUGAAAAUGUUUUUAGGUAUAAUGUAGUUAGUUGAUUUAAGGCGACAAGUGCAGUACCAGUCAAGUUUGGACACCUGCUCAUUCAAGGCUUUUUCAAGAGUGUGUGAAGCUGUCAUCAAGACAAAGGGUGGCUCAAAUAUAACAUAUUUUGAUUUUGUUUAACACUUUUUUUGGUUACUACAUGAGUAAUAUGUGUUAUUUCAUAGUUUUGAUGUCGUCACUAUUAUUCUACAAUGUAGAAAAUGGUACAAAUAAAGAGAAACCCUUGAAUGAGUAGGUGUGUCCAAACGUUUGGCUGGUACUGUAUGUUACAAAUAACCCAACAAGCAUAUCCACAGGCGGGCGAGGGUGCAACGUUGUUUUUAAUAACGACUUGGACUAUCCCUUCCUCUCUUGUUCCCUCUCUUUCUUUCCCUCUUUAUCUUUCUGCACUCUGUGUUAUCUAAUGUUUUGAUUUGCCUCAAGAAAAAAUGGGGGUGGGGUUGGAGAAGUAUGCUAACGCAUCAUCUCUCUU